UCAUGCCUGUGCGAGCUGGGAAAGGCUCGUGCUUACGGGAAGCUGCAAAUACUGUGGGUGAGUGUCCCUUCCCUGGUGCCAUGGACAUUUUGGGGAUGCAGACAUGAGGUGGAGGUGGAGCCAGAAGUCAGAAGCCCUGAAAUCGUCACCAUGGGGGAGAAUGACCCGCCCGCCGCUGAGGCCCCCUUCUCCUUCAGGUCGCUUUUUGGCCUUGAUGAUUUGAAAAUAAGUCCUGUUACGCCAGACGCGGACGCAGUGGCUGCACAGAUCCUGUCCUUGCUGCCUUUGAAGUUCUUCCCGGUCAUCGUCAUUGGACUCAUUGCAUUGAUACUGGCUCUGGCCAUUGGUCUGGGCAUCCACUUCGACUGCUCCGGGAAAUACAGGUGCCGGUCGUCUUUAAAGUGUAUCGAGCUGACGGCCCGAUGCGACGGGGUCUUCGACUGCAAAGACGGGGAGGACGAGUACCGAUGUGUCCGUGUGAGCGGUCAGAAUGGCGUGCUCCAGGUGUUCACAGCUGCUGUCUGGAGGACCAUGUGCUCUGACGACUGGAAAGGUCACCACGCUAACGUCGCCUGUGGCCAGCUGGGGUUUCCAAGCUAUGUCAGUUCAGACACCCUCAGAGUGGACUCGCUUGAGGAGCAGUUCCAAGGGGACUUCGUUUCCAUCAACCACCUCUUGUCAGAUGACAAAGUGACCGCUCUGCACCACGCGGUGUACAUGAGGGAGGAGUGUGCAUCGGGGCGCGUGGUCACCUUGAAGUGCACAGCCUGUGGUCUGAGGAGAGGCUACAGCGCCCGCAUCGUGGGUGGAAACAUGUCCUCGCUUGCACAGUGGCCCUGGCAGGCCAGCCUUCAGUUCCAGGGCUACCACUUGUGUGGGGGCUCCAUCAUCACCCCCCUGUGGAUUGUCACCGCUGCCCACUGUGUUUAUGACCUGUACCUCCCCAAGUCGUGGGCAAUCCAGGUGGGCCUGGUCUCCCUGCUGGACAGCCCAGCCCCCACCUACCUGGUGGAAAAAAUCAUCUACCACAGCAAGUACAAGCCGAAGAGGUUGGGUAACGACAUUGCCCUCAUGAAGCUGGCGGGGCCCCUCACCUUCAACGAGAUGACCCAACCAGUUUGUCUGCCCAACUCUGAAGAGAACUUUCCUGAUGGGAAAAUGUGCUGGACGUCAGGAUGGGGCGCCACCGAGGAAGGAGGUGACGCCUCCCCGGUCCUCAACCACGCAGCUGUGCCGCUAAUCUCCAACAAGAUCUGCAACCACAGGGACGUGUACGGUGGCAUCAUCUCCCCCUCCAUGGUCUGUGCUGGCUACCUGAAAGGCGGCGUGGACAGCUGCCAGGGAGACAGCGGGGGACCCCUCGUGUGUCAGGAGAGGAGGGUGUGGAAGUUGGUGGGCGCCACGAGCUUCGGCAUCGGCUGUGCAGAUGCGAACAAGCCCGGGGUGUACACCCGCAUCACCUCUUUCUUGGAUUGGAUUCACGAGCAGCUGGAGAGGGACCUGAAAACUUGAAGACAAAGGGCACAAGCCACCACCUUGAGUUCCCGCCACGAUGGAGACAUCUGGUCCCACUAUGGAUUGCUGGGUGGAAACUUUGGUUCAAUGCUUGGCUUUCUGGCACCAAUAGCAGAGCCAAAAGGAGGGGCAUCUUGGUGUCCCUCUACAUCUAGGACACUUUGCUUCUAUUAUAACACCUCUGACAAGCCACUGGGGCUUUGGAUUAAAAUGACCUUGGAGCGCCUUUCUGACCUUCACUAAGAACGACACAGGAACACCUCCGUAGUGCUACCUUUCCCUACUUGUCCGUUUGGUUUUUGCUCCAGGGAUCCUUCAGCCUCAUUGACGAGAUGAGCAAAUGUCCCACAAAUGGAGAACGGCGAGUGAGAUUUUAGCCUCUCGGUGAAGACGGGCCGGACCAGACCUGUAGGCACUUGUCACUGUACAUAUCACUGGCCACAGCUCCUCAGCCCUAGGCACCAGAACCCGACCAAGACCUUCUACUCCAAGACCUGUUUUUGCACGUGGGAACUUAAUCUCUAAGUGAUUAGUUUAAGGUUAAUUCUACUCUAUUUUGUAGCACUUGUUUUAUUGUUCCUUGCUUGCAAAGGACAGUUGCUCUCUGAGUGCAUUCAUCAGUCAGUGUUUGUCUGAAUGUGUACCGACAGCUCAUGUAAACUGAAAUCACAAGCUUGAUUCCGGAGGCUCGAUGGCUUUGACCUCUUGUAUAUGCUUGGAGGGUCUUGCAUUUUUCUGUUAGAACACAUUUCUCAGCAGAUCAGAGUGAUCUCAUAUUACAUCACAAGGCGCAGAAGCAGAACAAAAGAAAUACUGAGAACAAAAAAAAAGAAAUACUGAGAACAAAAGAAAUACUGGGACAAGCCAGGGCCCUCUAACCCCACACAACGGGUCCAGAAGGCAAACGGAGGAGACAGUCACGUGGCGUCAGGAGGCCAGAGGGUUCCCUGCCUCUCUGUAGGGUCCUAUAAUCACAGGAUUAGAGAGUGUCCUCUUAGCCACACACCUCUGCAGUCCCCAUAGCACACACAGGUUACUUGGUCAGGAAUCCUUGUCCAUGGGCACUUUAUGCCACGUGAAUUCAUCAGAGCGUGAAUGUGCUGCUUUGUGUUGAGGCGACAGCGGGGAAGAUGGUGAGUUUCAAGGAGAGCAGGAUGGGUUCAGGUGCCUAGGGAAGGAGUGGCUUCAGUGAGCCCCCCAGGGAGGCCGGAGACAGGGAUGGAGGAAGAGGGGGUGGGAGAGACAACGGCAAAAUGGCCAUUGAGCAAAAAUAUUUAAAUGUUCCCCACCCUAUCAGAGUCACCACACAGAUCUCUGUAUGUGUCAGGAAGGGAUGAGAUCAUUUUCAUUUUAAGUGGUUUUGCCUGCAUCUCUUUGAAAGUAGUGCUAACUCAUGGACUGACAAUCCACGUGGUGAAAAGAUAAAAGAUUUCAUGUGUGAUAACCUCAGUUGAGAAAACGUGACGGUGGGUCAGCAGACACAUAUUUCUAGC